CUGUGGUUAUGAAUAACUAGAACGAAAUUGUAAAAUGGCAGCAACCGGUGCAGUUAAAGCUCUAAAUAUAAUCAGUGCUGCCUGGUAUCAAAAAUCUGUUUUGGGAUGUUUUCAAUCUCUUCCACUUCUAUCACAAUCAAGAUAUUAUGCUGCCCGGAAAGGUACUCGAGAAAAAGCAAAAAAGAAGAAAGUGAAGAAGGAAGUUCAAAAAGUUGGAUUUAUCCCAAAAAAACUUAGAAAUAAAGUUGAAGAAAAUCUCACAUUUGAAAUGUGCCGAGGCGAUGAUCUAAGCAAACCAGAACGAGUGGACAAUGUUUGGAUUGAAGCAUUUCAUCAACCAAAAAUUUAUAGUUUUGAAGAAGCCAUAGAAUAUCACCGACAGUCUCAUCACUCUAGCAUGUACAAUUCACCGAAUGCCUUUGUACAUGCUUUUUUACAACUUAAUAUGAUGGGUCCAAAACCAACUAAAAUGGUAGAGAAAUUUGCAAGAACCGUUGAUAUACCACAUCCAUUCGAUCAUGGUGAAAAAAGGACAAUUGUUGCAUUCUGUAAUGAUCCCAAGUUAGCUGAAUUAGCUGAUAAAGCUGGAGCAUCAAUCUCAGGUGGUCUACAGCUCAUUAAAAAUAUUCAAACCGGAGUAAUUCCUAUUGCUGAUUAUGAUUAUGCUGUUGCACAUCCUGAUAUAAUGACAGAAUUAUCAGUGAUUAAAGGUUUAAUGAAACGAAAGUAUCCAAGCCCACGUGGAGGUACUCUUGGGUUCGAUUUACCUCAAUUAAUCAAAAAAAUACUUCAUGGUAUAAAAUACGAAAUUAGACCCCAUGAACGUCAAUUACAAUAUGGAACUGGAACUAUUCUUUUUGGUCGUCUAAAUAUGGAUGUAAAACAGUUAGAAGAAAAUUUUGUUGCUGUUAUCAAGGAUGUAGAAAAAUCUAGACCUAAAAGAGAUGGUGACUUUAUCUUCAGAGCAUCAAUAGAAAGCUAUCCUACUACAGAAUUAUUGAGCGUAAAUUUUUCAAAAUAUCUUGUUGAAGAAGCGAGUGAAGUUGAUUCAGAUAAUGAAGAAGAAAAUGUUGCUGUCAACUAAAUAAGAAUCAAUGACUUUUUACAAUAAAAUACAACUAAUAAAUAUGGAAUUAUUUCACAGAUUA